CUUACAAACAUACCUCGCGCCUAAAAACAUAACUGGCGGGAAAUCUCUCAUCUCUCUCUCUCUGUUUGUGUGUGUGUCAAUUGUUGCAGCCAUGAACGGCGGAAACUCAAAGAAGCGCACAGCACCGCAGCAACAACCUUCACCUGCGCAGCAGAAACACCAUGCUGCAAUGGAGGAAGAGGAAUUCGACGAAGAUGUAUACUACUCACAAGACGGCCUCAUCGACGAAGACACUCAAAUUCUUCGCGACAUCGAAGAACGUUCCGCCAAGAAGCUUCGUCUCUCUAAGUGGGCUCGUCCUCAACUUUCCGAAUCCUACAAAUCACAAUCUCAGAGUAUCGUUUUUCAGCAAUUGGAGAUUGAUUAUGUGAUUGGAGAUUGUAAUAAGGAGAUUUUGUUAAAUCGGAGUGGUUCUGCUGCGAUUAUUCGGAUUUUCGGGGUUACUCGUGAAGGGCACAGUGUUUGCUGCCAUGUACAUGGAUUUGAACCCUACUUUUACAUAAAUUGUCCGUUAGGGAUGGGUCCAGAUGAUAUAUCCCGUUUUCAUCAAGUCUUGGAGGGGCGAAUGAGGGAGGCAAAUAGGAAUGCCAAGGUUCCCCAAUUUGUUCGGCGCAUUGAGUUAGUGCAGAAAAGGAGCAUAAUGUAUUAUCAACAGCAAAGUUCUCAACCUUUUCUGAAAAUAGUGGUUGCAUUGCCUUCUAUGGUUGCUACUUGUCGUGGGAUUCUUGAUCGUGGCAUUCAGAUUGAUGGCCUUGGGACCAAGAGUUUUAUGACAUACGAAAGCAAUGUCCUCUAUGCUCUACGUUUCAUGAUUGAUUGCAACAUUGUUGGUGGAAACUGGAUUGAGGUUCCUGUUGGAAAGUAUAAGAGAACAGGAAAGAGCUUGUCUUCUUGCCAGCUGGAAUUUGAUUGCUUAUAUGCAGACUUAAUUAGCCAUGAUCCAGAAGGAGACUUUUCGAAGAUGGCCCCAUUCCGCAUUUUAAGUUUUGACAUUGAGUGCGCUGGUCGCAAAGGUCUUUUUCCUGAGCCCACUCAUGACCCUGUCAUCCAGGUGGCGAAUUUGGUAACAUUACAAGGUGAAGAUAAGCCAUUUGUCCGGAAUGUCAUGACUCUUAAGUCAUGUGCUCCCAUUGUUGGUGUUGAUGUCAUGUCCUUUGACAGUGAGAAAGAACUGUUGCUUGCUUGGAGGGAUUUAAUACGAGAGGUAGAUCCCGACAUAAUUAUUGGAUACAACAUCUGCAAUUUUGACUUACCAUAUCUUAUUCAGAGAGCAACUGCCCUAGGAAUUGCUGAGUUUCCUGUCCUUGGUCGCAUAAGGAGCAGUAGGGUUCGUGUCAAAGAUGCAACAUUCUCUUCAAGGCAGUAUGGAAUAAGAGAAAGCAAGGAAGUUACAAUUGAGGGGAGAGUACAAUUUGAUUUGCUUCAGGUUAUGCAAAGAGAUUACAAACUAAGUUCCUAUUCUCUAAAUUCUGUAUCGGCACAUUUCCUUGGUGAGCAGAAAGAGGAUGUUCAUCAUUCCAUAAUAUCUGAUCUACAAAAUGGGAAUGCAGAAACUAGGAGACGUCUUGCUGUUUACUGUUUAAAGGAUGCUUACCUUCCUCAGCGGCUGAUGGAGAAGCUGAUGUUCAUUUACAAUUAUGUUGAAAUGGCUAGAGUGACAGGAGUCCCUAUAUCAUUUCUUCUCUCCAGAGGGCAAAGUAUUAAGGUUCUUUCUCAACUUCUGAGGAAGGCAAAGCAGAAGAAUCUUGUUAUACCAAACUCUAAACAGGCAGGAUCUGAGCAAGGAACGUAUGAAGGAGCAACUGUGUUAGAGGCCCGAGCAGGUUUUUAUGAGAAGCCAAUUGCAACGCUGGAUUUUGCUUCACUAUAUCCAUCUAUUAUGAUGGCGUAUAAUUUAUGCUAUUGUACACUGGUAACACCGGAAGACAUUCGUAAACUCAAUAUACCUCCAGAAUGUGUUAACAAGACUCCAUCUGGUGAAUCCUUUGUUAAGCCGGAGCUUCAGAAGGGAAUACUUCCAGAAAUUCUUGAAGAGCUCAUAGCUGCUCGUAAAAGGGCUAAAGCAGAUUUAAAGGAAGCUAAAGAUCCUCUGGAGAAGGCUGUCCUAGAUGGUCGUCAGCUGGCCUUGAAGAUAAGUGCAAAUUCUGUUUAUGGAUUUACAGGAGCCUCAAUUGGCCAAUUACCAUGUUUAGAGAUUUCUUCGAGUGUCACAAGCUAUGGUCGUCAGAUGAUUGAACAUACAAAGAAGCUUGUUGAAGAUAAAUUCACUGUUGUUGGAGGCUAUGAGCAUAAUGCUGAGAUUAUCUAUGGAGACACAGAUUCAGUUAUGGUUCAAUUUGGUGUUUCCACUGUUCAAGAAGCUAUGAAAUUAGGAAGGGAAGCUGCUGAAUAUAUAAGUGCCACUUUCACAAAGCCCAUCAAGCUGGAGUUUGAGAAGGUUUAUUAUCCAUAUCUGUUGAUUAGCAAGAAGAGAUAUGCUGGCCUUUUCUGGACAAACCCUGACCAAUACGACAAAAUGGAUACCAAAGGAAUUGAAACAGUUAGGAGAGACAAUUGCCUACUCGUCAAAAACUUGGUUACUGAAUGCCUUCAUAAGAUACUUAUUGAAAGAGAUGUCCCAGGAGCUGUCCAGUAUGUCAAGAGUACCAUCUCAGAUCUUUUGAUGAAUCGUCUAGACCUGUCUUUGUUGGUCAUUACAAAGGGUCUAACAAAAACAGGGGAAAACUAUGAAGUAAAAACAGCUCAUGUUGAGCUUGCUGAACGCAUGCGUAAGCGAGAUGCUGCUACUGCACCCAGUGUUGGUGAUAGAGUACCUUAUGUCAUUAUUAAAGCUGCCAAAGGUGCCAAGGCGUAUGAAAGAUCGGAGGAUCCAAUAUAUGUGCUGGAAAAUAAUAUACCAAUAGACCCUCAAUAUUACCUUGAAAAUCAAAUUACCAAACCAAUAUUGAGGAUCUUUGAACCAAUUUUGAAAAAUGCAAGCAGAGAGUUGCUUCAUGGAAAUCACACAAGAUCCAUUUCCAUCUCCACUCCUUCAAAUAGUGGCAUCAUGAAAUUUGCCAAGAAACACCUCACAUGCAUUGGCUGCAAAGCAUUGAUUAGUGGCUCCAACAAAACCCUUUGCUCGCAUUGCAAGGGAAGAGAAGCUGAGCUUUAUUGUAAGACAGUGGCCAAUGUUUCAGAGCUUGAAACACUUUUCGGGAGGCUGUGGACACAAUGCCAGGAGUGCCAGGGUUCCCUUCAUCAGGAUGUGCUUUGUACAAGUCGUGAUUGCCCAAUAUUUUAUCGGAGAAAGAAAGCACAAAAGGACAUGGGUGAAGCCAAGGUUCAGCUAGAUAGAUGGAGCUUCUGAUCAAGGAGGUUGCAAGUUUGCAACUCUGUACAGUUAGUUUUCCUCAAUGUACCAUUUCCUUUGUAAGGCUCUUUGUUGAGUAACUUUUAUAUGGUCAUGUAACGGAAUGCGAGAAACUCUGGUUGAAGUGGUCGAAAUGAAGAAUUCCUUGCCACUGGGUCAGCUCAAGGAUGUUAUCAGCGAUGAAGUGAAACUCAAUUUAUUGUCGUGCCAUAAAUAUCAUCCGCUUCAUUUACGACAAGAUUAAUUUAUGGUCCCUAAGAGAUACAGGCAAGACUUUUGGCGCCCUGCUCAACCUUCGGAUGCACGAGAGUGAGGAAGGGGGAUAACAGAGUCCACGUUUUUCUACAUUUUGUCAAUCAUGUGAAAGAGAUGAAGUUCCCUAGUGGCAUCCGAAAGAAGUCGGAUAAUUACUGAGUCGGACAGGAUUCAAAGUUCAAUAUUCAAUAUCUGGUUCCUACCUGUAAAACCAUUCCAGUCAUCCAUAGUAGAACUUAAUAUCCCUGCGUCAAGCAAUCUGCUAUUAUCUUUUGUACAUAGAGUGUAGAUUUCUGGAGUCAUUAGAGUUGUGUAGGAUUGAGCUAUUCGCUUUUUGUUGACGAGAUUAAGGAUGUCGGUUUGCAACUAGCUUUGUAAAACAGAGGUGUCUUCAGUGAUCAAAAAUAUAAUUGCUCCAUGUGUUAGCUA